AUGUCCACCUUCUUUCAGAAACAGCAGCAGGUGGCUGCGCUGGACCCACGUCUGGGUGGUCUGAUGGCCAGCGCGGGCCUGUACAACUUGAAGGCGCUCAUCAAGGCCAUUCGAUCCUGCAAGACCCUCGCCGACGAGCGAUCCCUCAUUCAGAAAGAGUCGGCCUCGAUUCGAACCGCUUUCAAGGAUGAAGAUCCCUUUGCGCGCCAUAAUAACAUCGCCAAGCUACUCUACAUCCACAUGCUUGGCUAUCCUGCGCAUUUCGGCCAGAUCGAAUGCCUCAAGCUCGUUGCCACGCCACGCUUCACAGACAAGCGGCUCGGUUAUCUAGGCAUCAUGCUGUUGCUCGACGAAAACACCGAGGUCCUGACGCUGGUCACCAACGGUCUCAAGAACGACAUGGAACAUUCCAACAUGUAUGUCUGUGGUCUGGCGCUGUGCACCUUUGCCAACAUUGCUUCCGAGGAAAUGUCGAGAGACCUCUGCAACGAAAUCGAGAAGCUCAUGGGCAGCAGCAACACCUACAUCCGUCGCAAGGCCGCCAUCUGCGCCAUGCGGAUCGUGCGCAAGGUGCCCGACCUCAUCGAUCACUUUGUCGACCGAACCAAGCAGCUGCUCUCGGACAAGAACCACGGCGUGCUGCUCUGCGCCGUGACGCUGGCCAUUGAGAUCUGCCGGCAGGAUGACGAGGCGUUACAACAAUACAGACGCGCCGUACCGCUGCUUGUGCAGCAUCUCAAGUCGCUUGUCACGACUGGCUACUCGCCCGAGCACGACGUCUCUGGCAUCACGGACCCAUUCCUCCAGGUCAAGAUCCUCCGUCUACUCCGCAUUCUCGGCAAAGAAAACGCACAGGCGUCCGAGGCGAUGAACGAUAUUCUGGCUCAGGUGGCCACCAACACCGAGGCAAGCAAGAACGUCGGCAACAGUAUUCUGUACGAGACGGUGCUUACCAUCCUCGAGAUUGAUGCAGACAACGGCUUACGCGUCAUGGCCAUCAACAUUCUCGGCAAAUUCCUCAGCAAUCGCGACAACAACAUCCGCUACGUUGCGCUCAACACACUGAGCAAGGUCGUAUCAAUGGACACCAACGCUGUGCAGCGCCACCGCAACAUCAUCCUCGACUGUCUUCGCGAUGGAGACAUUUCCAUCCGUCGCCGCGCGCUCGAGCUCAGCUAUGCGCUCAUCAACGAGAGCAACGUGCGUGUCUUGACGCGUGAGCUUCUGUCGUUCCUCGAAGUCGCCGAUUCCGAGUUCAAACUGGGCAUGACCACGCAAAUUUGCCUUGCUGCCGAGAAGUUCGCACCCAACAAGCGAUGGCACAUUGACACGGUGCUGCGCGUUCUCAAGCUGGCUGGCAACUAUGUGCGUGAGGAAAUCCUCUCUGCAUUUAUUCGUCUCGUAUGCCACACGCCAGAGCUGCAGGCCUACACGGUGCAGAAGCUUUUCUCUGCGCUUCACCAGGACUUCUCCCAGGAGAGCCUCACACUCGCUGCUGUCUGGGUCAUUGGCGAGUUCGGCGAUGUUCUCGUGCAGGGAGGCAAUUUCGAGGACGAAGAGCUGGUGCGAGAGGUGCAGCCCAAGGAUGUUGUGGAUCUUCUCUCUUCGGUGCUCGACAGCCCCUAUGUCAACGGCUUGAUUCGUCAAUUCGUGCUGACCUCGCUGGCGAAGCUGCACACGAGGCUGUCGGAUGCAUUGCAGCAGUCGCGCAUUGAGCAGAUCAUCGCAAGCUUUGAGAGCAGCGUCGAGGUCGAGAUCCAGCAGCGCAGUGUCGAGUUUACGGCCUUGCUCAAGAGGAGCGAUAUCCGGGAGGGUGUGCUCGAGAGCAUGCCUCCACCUGAGAUCAAGCAGACCGUGCUGGGCACGGUGAGCGAGGCCAAGCCUGUGGGAUCAACCCGAUCGGACAAGGAUGCUUUGUUGGACUUGAUGGGCGACGAGAUGCCGGUUGCGAGCGGUGUCAGUGGGUCGGCGGCUGCGAGCGGCGGUGCUUCGACUCAGCAGAGCACGCACGAUCUGCUGGCGGACAUUUUCGGUGGGAGCGAUAUGGGGGGUGCACCAGCAACUUCGGCGGCAGCGACGCCGGCAGCGCAAAAGCCAAAGAGCGCUGUCAACGAUAUCCUCGGCUUGUUCGGAGACAGUGGAAGCGCAUCUACUCCGCAGCAGCAGGCUCCGGCGACUACCUCUACCGGUUCAGCAUCUUCCUCCUCUUACGGAGGUCUCGAUCUGCUCGGUGGCCUGGACAGCAGCUCGUCGACACCUUCGUCCACCGCUGCUCCCUCAGCACCCGCACCCGCACCCGCACCUCCCGCCCUCGCUGCUGCAUCCGCCAAGGCGCACACGGUCUAUAACAAGCACGGCCUCACCAUCACACUCACACCGACCACCAACCCGGCGCGUCCUGAAAUCGUCAACAUCACUGCGCGCUUCACCUCGACCUCUUCCAUCGCCAACGUCAACUUCCAAGCUGCCGUACCCAAGACGCACAAGUUGCAGAUGCAGGCCAUCUCGAAUUCCACCGUGCAGCCGGGUUCGACCGAGACGCAGGCGCUGAGGGUCAUGGUUCCUGCUAACGCUUCUGUGCGGUUGAGGUUGAGGAUCGCCUUCGAGGCGGACGGACAGAGCGUGCAGGAUCAGACAGAUUGGUCGCAAGCCUCGUCCUGA